AUGUAUUGGUUAAAAACGAAGAGCACAACAAGACGGUUCGAACCGCGGUCCUCCCGCGAUAUUGAAAAAUGGUUUUAUCUGAAGAAGGAGAACCAGCGAUUCUAUCUGGGAACGCACGAGGAACCUCCCCAUCUUACUGUCAAAAACAAAAACUACAUCGUCAAGGUCAUGUUCCUAGUUGCUGUUGCGCGCCCGCGGUGGGACAGUAAGCGCCACCGGAUUUGGGACGGCAAGAUUGGUUUAUGGCCAUUCGUUGUGUACGAGCCGGCCGAACGAUCAAGUAAAAACCGACCGGCCGGCACACUGGAGCUAAAGACCUACAAUGUCGACAAGGACGUGUACCGCCACGCAUUGUGCCGGAUGGUCAUACCGAGCGUCAAAGUGGUUUGGCCAUCGGGCAAGCGCGUGUUUCUUCAGCAUGACAAUGCUAAGCCACACGUGGCUGCGGACGAUCCCGAAGUGGUUGCUGCUUGUAGUGAUGGUGGGUGGGAUAUGAGCAUUAAACCACAACCAGCCAAUUCUCCUGAUUUCAACGUCAACGACCUCGGGUUCUUCGCGUCAAUCCAAUCGCUACAGCACAAGAAGAAGGCAAGAACAAUUGAAGACCUGGUCAACAACGUCGAGGAAGCCUAUAACCAGCUUGAGUAUAGCACUAUUGACAAAGUGUUUGUCACGCUACAGUCUGUGCUACAGGCGUCCAUGAACGUCGAUGGCUGUAAUAAGUAUCAGCUUCCGCAUCUAUCAAAAGAGCAGUUGCGCAUGAACAACGGUCUCCUUCCACUUUCAUUGACCUGCAACGACAAUAUUUACGACAAGGCUACGAUACUUUUAAGUUCGAUUGAACAGGAUAAAGUAGAUAAUGUCCGAACUUAA